AUGGAGAAGAUUUACCUACGCAACUACGAACCUGUCCCGAAGGCAGACCAUGUGGAGGAUUCUGGCGAUAGCGACACUACAUUGACAGUGCGGCCACGACGCCGGUCCGUGCAGCAAUACCUGAAGCGCAACCUGGCCACGAUCACCAUCACUGGGCUCCUCCUGAUCUUGCUGUUGCUAGUAAUUGCAUUGAUUGCCGCAAUCACUCUCCAACCUGUUCGGCAAGCCCUAAGCUGGGAACACUCGUCAGUCUACUCCGGCUCCCACCAUAGUGGCCAGCGACAGUGUCUUCCCACAACGCCUCGGACCAGGCUCUCUUGUGGCAAUUCCACCGACGAGGCUGAAGCGCUCGGUUGCACGUAUGACCCACUUUCGGCCUGCUGGCUGCACCAGGAGUGUCCGCACGACUAUGUGAAGGAGUUUACGGAGUUCAAUAAUGGCGAGCCGUUUAUAUAUUACUACGAUAAGGAAAUGACCCGUCAGAUGAAGGACUAUGAUGAAGUCGGUCGCAACGUCAAUGGAUUUUAUUGGACUUCGAACCGGGAGCACCUGGUUCAUUGUCUGUAUCUCCUAAGGCGGGCCCAUGAUGUUCACAUGCGUGGGGAUCGCCUGGACACGAUGCUAGCCGACCUAGAGCAUACCGAUCAUUGUACCAACAUGUUGGCAAAUUGGCUGCGGAGACCAGAUCCUGCGCUGGAUGAGCUGGGUACCCAGGGCCAAACGCACUGCUUCAUGUCGUGUAGUUAG